CCGGCUGAGGCUGAACGACAGGAUCCCAGUAACCUCUGCGGGGGGCAGGGGGACCGGAGCUCCAUCGGUUGGUGGAAGAUGCACCUGGGGAAGAUGAAGGUCUGCUUGGUGCAAGGGAUGGCCCUCUGCCUCCUGCUGGGACCUCUGGCGGGAGCCAAGCCAGUGCAGGAGGAGGGAGACCCGUAUGCCGAGCCACCGGCCAUGCCCUACUGGCCUUUCUCCACCUCUGACUUCUGGAACUAUGUGCAGUACUUUCAGACCAUGGGAGCCUACCCCCAGUUGGAGGACCUGGCCCGCACCUUCUUCGCUCACUUCCCCCUGGGGACCACCCUGGGGUUCCACGUCCCCUAUCAGCAGGACUGAGCACCAGCCUGGAUCCCUGGCCGCAAGCUCAAUAAAUUCCUUGCCU